UCAUUUAACAGAUAAUUCGUGUUCAGUCUCCGGAUGGGGUGAAGCGGAUCACAGCAACGAAGAGGGAAACGGCUGCAACAUUUUUGAAAAAGGUCGCAAAGGAGUUUGGCUUCCAGAAUAAUGGCUUCUCAGUUUACAUCAAUAGAAACAAGACUGGAGAGAUAACAGCAUCGUCCAACAAAUCCCUCAACCUGCUGAAAAUCAAGCAUGGCGAUUUGUUGUUCCUGUUUCCCUCGAGCCUUGCUGGACCCUCAUCUGAAAUGGAAACGUCGACCCCACUGGGGUUAAAGGUCUUUGGCGCUCCUAAUGUGGUGGAAGAUGAGAUCGACCAGUACCUCAGCAAACAGGACGGGAAGAUUUACAGAAGCCGAGACCCACAGCUAUGCCGACAUGGUCCUCUGGGGAAAUGUGUGCACUGCGUUCCUCUAGAGCCAUUCGAUGAGGACUACCUAAACCAUCUUGAACCUCCCGUGAAGCACAUGUCCUUCCACGCCUACAUCCGAAAGUUGACUGGAGGGGCCGACAAGGGGAAAUUUGUUGCCCUGGAGAACAUCAGUUGCAAGAUUAAAUCAGGGUGCGAGGGACAUCUUCCGUGGCCUAACGGCAUCUGUACUAAGUGCCAGCCAAGUGCCAUCACGCUGAACAGACAGAAAUACAGACAUGUGGACAAUAUUAUGUUUGAGAAUCACACAGUAGCCGAUCGCUUCCUUGACUUCUGGAGGAAGACAGGGAACCAGCAUUUCGGGUACUUGUAUGGCCGGUAUACGGAGCACAAAGACAUUCCUCUUGGCAUCAGGGCUGAAGUAGCUGCAAUUUACGAACCUCCUCAGAUUGGUACACAGAACAGCUUGGAGCUUCUUGCAGACCCAAAAGCGGAAGUGGUUGAUGAAAUUGCUGCCAAACUCGGCCUGAGGAAGGUUGGUUGGAUAUUUACAGACCUCGUCUCGGAAGACACCCGAAAGGGUACAGUUCGAUACAGUCGAAAUAAGGACACGUAUUUCCUGAGUUCGGAAGAAUGUAUCACUGCAGGAGACUUCCAAAAUAAGCAUCCCAAUAUAUGUCGACUCUCUCCAGACGGACAUUUUGGCUCCAAGUUUGUUACUGCAGUGGCUACAGGUGGUCCCGACAAUCAGGUCCACUUUGAAGGGUACCAGGUGUCUAAUCAGUGCAUGGCGCUGGUCCGUGAUGAGUGCCUGCUGCCGUGCAAGGACGCCCCUGAGCUCGGCUACGCCAAGGAGUCCAGCAGCGAGCAGUAUGUGCCUGAUGUGUUUUAUAAGGACAUAGACAAGUUUGGCAACGAGAUCACACAGUUGGCCCGCCCCCUGCCUGUGGAGUAUCUGAUCAUAGACAUCACAACAACUUUCCCCAAGGAUCCAGUUUAUACUUUUUCUAUUUCGCAAAAUCCAUUUCCUAUUGAAAACCGAGAUGUAUUGGGUGAGACACAGGACUUCCAUAGUUUGGCUACCUAUUUGUCCCAGAAUACCUCAUCUGUGUUCUUGGAUACCAUCUCGGAUUUCCACCUCCUGCUGUUUCUGGUCACCAAUGAAGUCAUGCCUCUGCAGGACAGCAUCAGCUUGCUGCUAGAGGCCGUGAGGACCAGAAAUGAGGAGCUUGCCCAGACGUGGAAGAAGUCUGAGCAGUGGGCCACCAUCGAGCAGCUCUGCAGCACAGUUGGUGUGCAGCUUCCGGGCCUCCACGAGUAUGGAGCCAUUGGGGGCUCCACGCACGCCACCACGGCCGCCAUGUGGGCCUGUCAGCACUGCACCUUCAUGAACCAGCCAGGCACUGGCCACUGCGAGAUGUGCAGCCUCCCCAGGACCUAGGGCUCCCGGCCCCUGCUGGCAGGACUGGGUCCACCCCAGCCCUCUCUGAAGUCAGGAUCGUUGUUACUGUGCCCCACAGCUGGCAGCCCUGAAGGGCAGGGCGGGGGUGGCUGCCCUGGGGUCUGUGACCGACAAAGCUUCUUAACACCAGACUUCCCUGGAGGGAGGGAGCCAGGCUGGUGCUCUGCAGGCUGAAACCAGUCUGCUAGGCCCGGACACCUGGCACCCCUACCUGGUUACCAGCCCCCCCUGUGGUGGAAGGACUGGGUACCUCUAAAUCAUCACCUGGGAUUGGAGGGGUGGGGACAGCUUGUUGCUGCCAUCCAGCAUUCUCUUUCCUUCCUCUUGGAUGCUUUUUGUUCUUGCCUCUCCCGUGUUUUUGGUUGGGAGCUCUUGAUGGCCUCUGUACCCUAUUGCUCUGGGGCAGACCCUGCCUGUGAGGGCCACUUCUUCCCCUUCCAGUAGCCAUUGUCUGGUGGGAACUCAAGUGGCCACGGGCUCACCGGCCUCCUGUCUGCUUGAUCUGCAG